UGAACCUCCGUUGUUUAUAUGAAGAAACGAAAAAAUCUCACAAGAAAAUAAGGAAAAACUGUUUGGCUGAUUCCAUUUAACUUCACAAAUUACGGAAUUCACCUACUGGAAAAUUUAGCUAUGACACGUAGUAAAUACGGCCUGCCAUUGAAAACAAAAAGAGCUUUGAUCUCCAUCUUUGAACAUUUUAGACACCGCCUGCACAUUAAAAAAUUAUUACCAAGUAUAUUUGAAUAAAAAACUGAGCGGCAGAAGUAUCCUUGGCUCUUUUUCUUUCUGUAUUUUAAAGAAGCUUCGAAUUUCAAGACUGGAAAAACUAUGCUUUACUUUGUAUCAUUGGCAUAAACAUGGAAGUGCAUUUGCAGAGAGAAGAGAAGAGAAGUGGGAAUUUAGAGCAGUCAAUUAGUUGGUACAGUGACUUCAGACAAGGCAGGUAGACAUUAAUGGUUACAGACAGUUAUGAUAUGAAUGACAGUGUACCCUCUUCAUCAAGGUGUUGUUCCCUCCUCUUCUUUAUAGUUUUGGUGUUGUGCGUAGAACCUGGUUAUAGGUGAUCUGUGAAGGGGGAAAAUGAAUGUAGGCAGAUCAUUGGCAGAGACUCCAACAUGGUCUGUGGCCACUGUUACUACUGUUCUGGUGGGGAUCUGUUUCAUUGUGGAGCGCUCCAUUCACCGUUUUGGGGAGUGGCUGGCUAGAACAAAGCGGAAGCCUCUCCUGGCAGCUUUAACUAAAAUCAAGGAGGAGCUGAUGUUACUGGGACUUAUGUCACUUCUUUUGUCUCAAUCGGCUAGAUUGAUAUCUGGCUUCUGUGUAAAGUCAUCCCUAUUUAGUAGCAAAUUUUAUCCCUGUUCGAGGGAGGACUUUGACAGGAAAGCAAAUCCUUCAGAAAAUGAUACAUCUCUAAGCCACUUGUAUCCUAAACAUUACCAGACACAUUUUUCUCAUGGAAGACGGCUUGCUGGUAUCAAUUACUGCAGUAAGGGACACGAACCUUUUGUUUCAUAUGAAAGUCUUGAGCAGCUGCAUCGUUUUCUCUUCAUCCUUGGAGUCACACAUGUUUUUUAUUGCUGCUUAACUAUGCUUUUUGCAAUGAUCAAGAUCUAUAGCUGGAGACCCUGGGAAAUCGAAGCUCAUUCAAGACUCAUUGUACCUGAAGGCACAAGGACCAAAGUGGUGAUGAGGCGCCAGACUACUUUUGUGUUCCAUCAUACAGCACAUCCUUGGAGUAAGAACAGAAUUCUUGUUUGGGUGCUUUGCUUUGCACGCCAGUUUAUCAGAUCUGUAACAAAGGCAGACUACAGGGCAUUACGGUUGGGGUUCAUUACGAACCACAGGUUACGUCUUACAUAUGACUUCCAUAGCUACAUGGUGCGCACCAUGGAGGAUGAAUUCAGAGAUAUUGUGGGCAUUAGCUGGCCGCUUUGGGGAUAUGCAAUUAUCUGCAUUUUCUUCAAUCUGCAUGGAUUGAACUUCUACUUCUGGAUAUCGUUCAUCCCUGCGAUGUUGAUCCUGUUCGUCGGCACAAAACUUCAACAUGUGAUCGCAAAACUCGCUUUGGAUAAUGCAGCAACGGAUGCAGCUGCAGGGACUCAAUUAAAGCCCCGUGAUGAGCUUUUCUGGUUUGGUAAACCUCAACUUUUGUUGUGGUUGAUUCAGUUCAUUUCAUUUCAGAAUGCUUUUGAAAUGGCAGCAUUUGUCUGGUCUUGGUGGGAAAUCAAGGCACCUACUUGUUUCAUGAAGAAUAGUGCAUUUGUUUUCACACGUCUGAUUUCUGGGGUAUUAGUUCAAUUCUGGUGCAGCUAUGGCAUCCUUCCCCUUUACGCCAUUGUCACACAGAUGGGCUCCCGCUACAAGAAGGCCUUGAUUAGAGAGGAGAUUAGAGAAUCCCUUCAUGGUUGGCGAAAGCGAGUGAAGGAGAAAGCAAAGCGUGAAUCCUUACAUCCAUCUUCAACAUCUGCAAAAUCAGAAAAUGCUUUGAAGUCUGGUAGCAGGGACAGAGAUGAAAGUGGUAUUGAAUCAACUGCAUAUUCUCUUUCACAGAGCCCCCAGAAUGUGACGGAGAGAUGUAGAAGCCUACCAAGAGAGAUAUCCAUAACUUGCCAAACAGAGAACACGGAGGAGGAUUCUAUUCAUGAGGAAGUUCAACAAGAAGAAGAUUUGGGCUCACAUUCUUCUGUAUAUUCUUGUACUGCAGAAAACAAUGCAUUGCCAUUUGAAGCAAAUGUAAUGGAUGAUGACGACACUGAUGAGGAUGGUGACGACACUGAUGAGGAUUCAACAGACAAGCAUCUACUUGGCUCUGGUCCAUCAAACAAUGGAUUGGCAUUUGAAUUGGGUGUUUUAGAUGAUGAUAACAUUGAUGAGCAGCAUCUUCUCGACCCCUCUGAAAUUCCCUAAGUUUCUCUAACCUUGAAUAUGCAUCUUUGGGAAUCUUGAGGAGAAACAAGACCAAAAUUCAGAAAGAAGCGUAAAAAGUAGAAACCUAACUGCAGCAUCAAUUACGUUGUAGCUUUAUGCAAAAUAGAGGCCGAUGAAUUUAAAAAUGUUAAACAGGAAAUCUCUUUCCAAUCUGAAUUUCAAAGAAUGAAGAAUUGAUUGUUUGAUAAAAAUUAAAAUCCCAUAAUAUAAAAUAUAGACCAUUUCAUGCAA